UCGUCACCUUCAGGAGGCAUCUUCGGUCAUAGUGCUCGCAGCCCCGCCGCCCCUGGUUUCGGCCGCGGGCGCCAUCUUCCCGCGCCGAGGCCGCCAUCUCCUACACCUCCCGGCAAACGCCACGGACCCUUCGCCCAGGAUGAAAACCACGCCCAGAGAAGAAGCCUCGCUAGCGCACCCCCUCUCGGCCCGCAGGAGCCAGUCGAACUGAUAUGGCGGCUCAGCACGUGAUCCGGGGCAGCCGGACUUCCGGUUCCCUGGGCGACGGAGCGGAAGUGAAAGGAAACGCAAUCCCUGUCGUCGAUGUAAGUCGCUGGCUUCGCUGCUAACGUUCUGUUAUGAGUUGCUAAAAUCAUGGUGAAAUGUUGCUCGGCCAUUGGAUGUGCUUCCCGCUGUUUGCCAAAUUCCAAGUUAAAAGGACUGACGUUUCACGUAUUCCCCACAGAUGAAAACAUCAAAAGAAAAUGGGUGUUAGCCAUGAAAAGACUUGACGUGAAUGCUGCAGGCAUCUGGGAGCCUAAAAAAGGAGACGUGCUGUGUUCAAGGCACUUUAAGAAGACUGAUUUUGACAGAAGUGCUCCAAAUAUUAAACUGAAACCUGGAGUCAUACCUUCUAUCUUUGACCCCCCAUCUCACUUACAGGGGAAAAAAGAAAAACUUCAUUGUAGAAAAAACUUCACCCUCAAAACCCUUCCAGUCACAAAUCACAAUCACCAGCUUGUUGGUGCUUCCUCAUGUCCUGAAGAAUUCCAAUCUCAGUUCACUUUUCCUCGAGCAGUUUCUACCCGCAGGCACUGGAUACCGGAAGGGGAGCCGCUAAGGACCUUCAGAGUUCUCUCUUGGUCUUCCUGGAUGCCUCACGCAGUCUUCUCAAUCUGCCAAGCGCCGCCUGGGUUUCCCCUCCAUGUACUGAGGCAGGCCCACUCUCCCAAGACAGAACAUAGCUACAGUGUAAUGGACAGUCCAAAGAAACUUAAACAUAAAUUAGAUCAUGUGAUCAGCGAGCUAGAGGAUACCAAGAAAAGUCUGCGGAAUGUUUUAGACCGAGAAAAACGUUUCCAAAAAUCAUUGAGGAAGACAAUCAGGGAAUUAAAAGACGAAUGUCUCAUCAGCCAAGAAACAGCAAAUAGACUGGAAGCUUUCUGUUGGGAGUGUUGUCAGGAGAGCAUAGAAAGAGACUAUAUUUCAUGAAGUAAUUCCAUGUUAUAUUCUGCCUAAAGUUAACAUUGGUACAGUUUUUUAGAAAAUAAUUCUCAUUUACCAUUAUUAAAUAAUAUUCAUCAGUUAGAGUGCUUCUUUGGAUCUUCUGUAGCAUUAUACAUUUAGUUGUUUCGAAGAUUUGCAGACAUUUGUGCUAAUUAUCAUGUUUUUGUGUGAUAUGUGACAAUUAUGUUCUUAAAGACCUAAACUAGUGCCAGUUUACUAUUGUAAGAUGUUAAAAGCUUAAAAAGAUUCCACAGGACUUAGGACAUGAUAUCAAAUUAGUCCCAUUCAAUAGGGGUAGUAGGAAUCGGGCCCUGCUUCGGCAGUAUCAGAGUUUUGGCUUCAAAGGAGUACGUUUACUUAUGUAUGCUUUAUGAUAAGUACAAUGAAUUGUACUUUAAAUGUGUUUUACUACAAAGCAGAAUUCAUUUAUAACACAUGGCCCCCUUGGAUCCAACCCAAGGGUUUAUUAUUUGUUACCAAUAAUACCAAAAGAUGACCCGCCAUCCCCUAGUGCCAACCUUGAGAAUAGCACUUGGUGCAGAUCUGUGGGCUGUUAAAAGUUGCUCAGAGCCAAGCUGGGAAGACCUCUGAUGAGGUCGUGGUUUUCAGUACACACGUCCUCCCCUCUGCCUUCUUGGCUAGGAGUACUUCCAUAUAACCGGCAGAGGUCUAAAAUGCCAAAAAAACAAGGGUCGUAAAUCUGAUUUUUAAAUGGUUGGUUGCUGACAGUGGUUCUGAACAUUUUGUUUCAUUAUAAAGGAAUCCCUUCAAAAUCUAAAUGCUAUUACUAGCUGAAUAUUUUUAAAGCUCCUUUGUAUUUUAUAGAAAGUAAUAUUGCCAACAUUUCUAAAAUACAAAAUAUAGGUGAAAUCAUUAGAAAACUAUGACCCAUCCAGGUGUAAUAAGAACUGGAGGAAGGCUUAGAAUAUUUUCCUAUAGUUAGGAGAGUAGAUUACUAUCCAAAGGCUUUUAUUUAAAGAAAUAGCUAAGUAAAGCAGCAGCUUUAGAAUAGCUUCUUACUGAAUAUACGAAAGAAUGACGCUUAGCUGUCUUCUGAUCCAAGUGUCAGAAAUCUAGCUUUUCUCCUAAUUUCUUACUAAAAACAACUGAAAUUAAGAGUCAUUACCUGUGGAUUAGAAUUAAAAGUACUAGUUGAAAGCCAAACUCUACUUUUAAGCACAUGUACAUAUCCAAACCUACUCAGAUAUCUAUGCGCUAGUAGUUAGGAUUUGAGGAUCAGUUGUUUCCGUGUGUUAACUAGACAUGAGUUGCAAUUUGUGCUAAAAUGUUCAUGGAAGUUUCAUUUGUGUUAUAUCGUCAGCAAGGAUAUAGUCACUUGAAUUUCCUUUGUAUUUAAGAAUUUUCUGUGUGUUGAUGUCUGUUAUAUUUGUAUGUGGGAUUCCAAACCUUCCCCCUAAAUUGGAAUUUUCCCACGUUUGAGAGGUCAGCAUUAGGCUAAGAAGAAACACUGAGGUCAUAUCUUUUUACUACCUAAAAAAAUCUCAGUAGCUACCCAUUAUUUAUUUUAGUUAUUUAAUUUUAACUCAUAGUGGACAUUCUAAUGGGAAGUUUGGGUACAGUCUUAGAUUUUAUGAAGGUACUAUGAUAGAAAUGGAGACUGUUUCUGAGUAUAAAAAUUAAAGUCAGUGGACAAUGGAGAACAGUAGGAUAGAUCCAAACAAAAUAGGUCCAAAUUCAAGCUCUCUACUGGCUGCUUAAAAUAAUUCCAGCCUGGGAGACCUUCCAAGAGUCCAGUCCCCAUUUGUGCCACAGUCACAGUGGCCACGGUCACUUUUGCUACUUUUGCUCACAGUGAAUGCAGCCCUUGUCUUCUUUGUCAUUGGUCUUAGAAACAGUGAGAGAUAGUUAACUGAGAGCAAAAUCUUGGCAUCAUCAAGCACCCAGAGCUACUCAUUUGCUCUUUAUUCUUAUGGAGAAAUGAUUACCAACAGAAAUCUGACAUAAGAAACCAGGCUCUCCCCACCUGCCACCCAGAACAAAUGCCUAGAUGCAGUGAACCCCUCAGGCCUCUGUUCCAGAUACUCCAGCCUGGCUCAGUGAGGAACUGACCUGUGCAGAGCAGAUCAGGGACCCCAUCCAAAAGUUCCUCAAGCGGCUGAGACCAGCCUGAGGAUUUCAGUUUGCUUUAAAGCUUAGCAUAGACUCUGGAUCCUAGAACAAACCAAUACACCAGUUCAGCCUCAGCACCAAAUAAGGUACAAAGGACUUGACAUGGCAUUUUUCUCCACAUCAAGUUUAAAUCUCUGGAAAUAGACGUUGGUUGCUAAGGAUAAUCACAAUUAUACCACAGUCUUUGAGAAAAGAUGAAGAGUAUUAGAAUAUAUAUGUAGUUUUAAUAAAAAGGCAAAAUAUUACAGAAAUAAUUGAGGAACAAAGAAUCCAUUAUACAUCUGAAAAAUAAAAUAUUUUCUCCAAUAAUGCACUGUACAUGGUUUUUAUACAGUUAUUCAAUAAAAUGAGCAGAGAAAAAUGAAGAGUA